AUGGCGGCGUAUCUUGUUGCUGCCGUUGUGGUACUCUUAGUGCUUAUUGUAACAUUUUUCAAACACCAAUUUUCAUAUUGGGAUAAAAGGGGCGUCAAUUACUUCACCCCAAGCAUCCCUUUUGGCAAUCUGACCAGCCCGUUCAAAAAAAGCACCAGCAUCGGCGAAUAUAUACGAAAUUUGUACGUGAAAGCCCGUAAAAACAAUUGGAAACAUUAUGGAGUUUACUUCUUCACCAAUCCGGUUUACAUGGCAAUCCAUUUGGAUGUCAUCAAACUGAUUCUAUCGAAGGAUUUCCAGUACUUCGUCGACCGAGGGUUUUUUUACAAUGAAAAAAUCGACCCCCUAGGUGCGCACUUGUUCGCCAUUGGUGGUACCAAAUGGAAGAACUUAAGGAGGAAGCUGACACCCACUUUUACUUCCGGAAAAAUGAAGCAAAUGUUCGGCAUCGUGGCGAAAUGCGGCUUGAUUUUGGACAAGGUGAUGGAGCAGGAGCUGGAGACGAACCAACCGGUGAACAUCAAGGAGGUACUGGCGAGGUUCACCACGGAUGUAAUUGGGACCUGCGCCUUCGGUCUGGAAUGCAACUCGUUCGAGAACAAGGACUCACCGUUCAGGUACUACGGCAAAAAGAUGCUGAAUUUGGGCACCAAACUGCAACGUAUAGCCCUCAGCAUCGCCAUGAGCUUCCCCAAGCUGGGGGUAGCUUUGGGGGUCCGCCAGAUUGACAAAGACGUGUCGGAUUUCUUUUUCAACAUUGUAAAAGACACGGUUGAGUUUAGGGAGAAGAACAACAUAGUCAGGAAAGACUUCCUGCAGCUGCUUCUGGAGAUGAAAAGUGACGACGACAAGUCUGAUGGUGAUGGCAACACGUUGACCAUUACUGAAAUCGCCGCACAGUGUUUGUUGUUCUUCUUGGCCGGCUUCGAAACCUCCUCCACAGCCAUGACCUUCGCCCUCUUCGAGCUGGCCCAAAAUCCUGAGCUGCAGGACAAAGCUAGGGAAGAAGUCAUGAGGGUUUUAGCCAGACACAACGGAGAGAUCACUUACGAAUCAAUUUCGGAGAUGCAUUACAUGGACCAGGUUCUGGAUGAAUCCCUGAGGAAGUACCCUCCUUUGCCCAUGGUCACGAGGGUCUGUGUUAAAGACUACAAAAUCCCCAACGAGGAUAUCGUUAUAGAAAAAGGUACGAAAGUGGUGGUACCGAUUUAUGGUAUUCAUCAUGACACUGAAUAUUACGACGAGCCAGAAAAGUUUGAUCCUGAACGAUUCUCACCUGAAAACAAAGCUAAAAGGAACCCAUAUUCUCAUAUACCUUUUGGGGAGGGCAACAGAAUUUGCAUAGGUUUGAGAUUUGGAGUGAUGCAAUCAAAGGUUGGACUCGCUGUGCUCUUGAAGAAUUACAAGUUCAAACUGAACCAUAAAACCAAAUUUCCUAUUGUUUUUGAACCAACUUCAUUUAUAUUGUCAGCUGAAGGCGACAUUUGGGUAGACUGCUGCAGGAUUUAAAUUUUCUGUUCUAG